AUGUCGUCCCCUCCGUACCACAACGACAAGCUACCUGAGUACUCGAGUACGCCUCCUACAUAUAAGUCUUCUCUCAGCUACUACGGGUUAUCUUUGGUCAAGACCGAAUUUAACUCCCCUUACCACUAUAACCACGGAAAAAGGUCCUGGAAACCUGUUCUCCUUGAGUUGAACUCCACCCAGCUCAUAAUAUACGAUGUCAAGUUCGAUAGAAAGCUCUUGAACUUGGUGUUGGCACUUUACCACAGUGAAAACUACUUGGAAGAGGUGAUGGAGAUGAUCUUGACCAAAAAAUCAGAGCAUCUCGAUUUCGUCGAAGACUUGUUUUCUGGCGAUGCCUAUAGCGCAGGAAGCUCAGCAUCUGGAACUGGUCUUAACGGAAGCAUCAACAACAAGUCUGCUGCUAUUAGGAACAAGUUCCAAAGAUCGAAGUUCUCUCAUAGCUUGACCAAAGAUUUGAACGAUUAUUACGAUAUAAUUAGAGACAACCAGCUCUUGUUUGAGCCCACCACCUCCGAAGUAGAGUACGCCAAGUUCUCCUCCAGAUACAGGGGUGAAAAGUUGCAUACCUACACCAUCCAGAACCUGAGAUUCGGUAGGGCUCCGACCUUAAAGGAAUACUUCAAGAAUGGCAAGUGCAACCCGGAGAAUUUGGCCACUCUCGUCAAGUACAAGAACUCCUUGAGAGUCAGAAUCGAGUUGAAGCAGAUGUUAUUCCAAUUCUGGUCGUUCUACGGGUUUACCGAAUGGUACAGGCAGUUUGGUAUUAGUAAAGAUCUUCUGACGUCCAUUGACGAUAGAGAGUUGACCAAACUUAGAACCAUUCCAGCACGUUACACCAGAUGGUUGCAUGAAUGGGUGCAAAUUCUGGAGGAAUUGGGCCUUGAAUUUGAUACAUUAGAGGGAAUGUCCAAUUUCGCUACGAAUGCAUCAUCACCAGCCGCAAAUGGCAGUAAUUUCUCCGAUGAGAAGGACAGCCUUUCUCUAUAUUCCAGUAGAUCUUCGGUAUUUGAUAGAGAAAGAUCCAUGUCUAUACUGUCUACCGAUACUAUAGCCACGAGCACUUCCACGGGAUCUAAUUCCGGUGCAUUAUUCAAGAAAUAUGACAAAUUCAAAAUCUAUUCAUUAGACAACUACUAUACGCCGUUGGAACAGCAUUAUAUAACCAACUGUGUUUCCAAAUUAAACACUUUUGAUAAGUGGACAGGCGUUGGAGUCACUAUAUCCAACUUUCACCAGUAUCUCAAUGCUGCGCAACUCAAACGUCUUCAUAUGGCGCCAGAGGGAAGAUCUAUUGAUCUUUUCAUUGACCCAUCCAAGCUAGAAAACAGCCUGCUCUGGAAGCUUGGUAGAAAGAAGAACGUUGACAAGGUCGUUGAAAAGGGAGAAUGCAGGCAAUUUAUCAUCCUUCAACACGGUUUAGUUAGCGUCGUCUCAUAA